GAUGGGCGGCAUAACUAUCAUCAACAUAGACAUUAAUAUUAAUGAAUGUCCAUGUUACACCUCCCAAAAUCCAAAGUCAACUUUGACUAUAUAAUUCACAUAUCCCGACAGCCAAAUACGCGUAUGUAUAAAGUUGCGUACGUAUCGUCAAUCUCCCUUCACGAAUGGCUAGAUGCUACGGUACAUCGUAAUUAUGCUAUCUAGUGGGUCCAAUCUAUGUUGAAUGAAUCCGUACAAGAGAAAUAAAGUUGCUAUUUUUCUGAGGCAAUAUGACAAGUAAGUAGUGGACUAGCGAACAAGUCGGUAGGUUUUAACCACGUCGAGUGAACAUAAAUACACAAUACGCAUGCGCGGAUGCGCCUGCGAAUGAAUAUAACAGGCAUUGUAAUUUUGUAUGUGAAAAGUAAUUAUGCAAUGUAAUGGAUCAAUACACGAUACACGUGCCCCACUCUGUUCGUAUGGCUACAGUUUCUAGAAUUAGUCUGAACUUAGAUUAAUGUAUAAUCGUUAUAAACUUAUUAAAUAAUCAAAAAAAAACUUAUUAAAUAACAACGACUCGUUCAUAAAAUUCCAACAGAUGACAAAAAGAGGUAAAAUGACACAGUAAGAGUACACAAACUCACAACCGUAACAGAAAAUAAAGAAUCCAAACUCACAUCUAAACUAUGCCUCCUAGCCACGAGGGAUCACAAAAAGAUCUAGAUAAUGAUAAACAAGUAAAUGUCGAAUUUAUUACAACUAAACAUGUUUGUAAUAGUCAGUAGAUUAAUUAACAGAAACAAAUAAGAAAAUAUUGUUUUUUUGGCUUGAGAACUCAAGCAUUGUAAAUAGUUUUCUCAGCUACCAGUGGCGGAAGUUAAGGCCGCAACUUUUUUACCAAAAAUUGUUAUACACCAAAAUAAAAAUUGUUUGGAGAAGGUUAAAUAAGGCAAAAGCAAACGGUCGGUGACACACAACAUGACAACACAAGUAUUCGUGUCCUCUUCAGAAAACUCUAUAUCCCUUCGUCGGACAAUCCAUCUUCUUCUUCCCAACUGUCUCUUUGCUUCACAGCUUUCUAUACAAACCUUUGAUUCUUCCUUUUUUAAAAUAGUAAUAAUCCAUCUCUUUGUACUUCUUUUCGUCCUUUUUAAUUCUGUCUGGUUUGGUCUCGUCGUCACCAUAGAGAGAAUUUAGUUGAAUGGUCUCUGUGUCCAGUCUCUCCACCACUGCUUCUCCUUCGGGAUAUGUUUGUUCCCAUUUCGAAGAAACUAAGUGAAGAAUAACCAACCCACGUUGCUUGGUUGGAAGCAAAACUGGCAGUUGUGGUCCUUGUUGAACAUUCCUCUUUUGAGAAGAAAAAAAAAACUUAAAAGCAGCAUUGUGCUCUAAGCUUGGUUCUAUAGUUUGAACAACGCUCGAGAAACAAUGGAUCACUUGUCUCAAGAGGAAGAUUUGCAGUUCUUUGAUGCAUCAUCUCCAAGUGGUUUUGAUUUUGAUCCUGGAAGUGUUGUGGAGCGGCGGAAGAAGUUCUUGGAGUGGAUGGGACUCGAACAAGUUCUUGUUCAACCGAAAAACUCAGAUGCUGAAUCUGGUCUCGAUGGAGAUUCUGUUGAAGCUGCCGAGCAGAGAUCUGGAGGGUGCAGCUUCUCUUCUACGCAGGUAUCUUCCUCUGGUUCAAGUGAGGAAUUGUCUCUGAGAGUUGAUAAAAAUGUCGGUGGAUGCGAUGCAACGAGAAGGCAAAGCUCUUCAAUGGCAUCGUGUUCUGAUCCUACAUGUUGUCAAGUGAUGGAAACAGAGAAGCAGAGCACCAUUUUCAAGAAGGGAUGGUUAAGGAGGCUACGGUCUAUGGGAUGUUCCACGGGUACAAAGAUCCAAUCCGGUGUGCUUUCAAGAGUUAAGGUCAAGCAUUACAAGAAACAGACCAAGGAGCUUUCAGCUCUUUAUCAUAGCCAAGACAUUAAAGCACACAAUGGUUCCAUUUCAUCGAUGAAAUUUAGCUUCGAUGGGAAGUAUCUUGCCAGCUCUGGUGAAGAUGGGGUUGUACGCGUGUGGGAAGUCACUGAAGAUAAAAGAUCUACACUACAAAGAGAUUACCUUAACCCUUCGUGUGUGUACUUUGAGCUAAACGAUCACUCCCAGUUGAAACCGAACAAGACCACAGAAAAGUUCAAGAAAACAUCUGAUUCAGUAUGUGUUGUCUUCCCUCCAAAAGCUUUCCGGAUAAUGGAGAAACCUUUACAUGAGUUCCGCGGCCACACGGGUGAAGUCUUGGACAUCUCAUGGUCAAAGGAUAAUUAUCUUCUCUCUGCUUCAAUGGAUAAAACUGUUCGGCUAUGGAAAGUCGGUAGCAAUGCUUGUCUUGGAGUCUUCCCUCACAAUAGUUAUGUAACUUGUGUUCAGUUCAACCCGGUGAAUGAGGACUACUUCAUGAGCGGUUCGGUUGAUGGAAAAGUUAGAAUCUGGAACAUUUCUGGUUGCAAUGUUGUUGAUUGGGCUGAUGUCAAAGACAUUAUAUCUGCAGUGUGUUACCGCCCUGAUGGACAGGGAGGAGUUAUCGGUUCUCUAACCGGAAGUUGCAGAUUCUUUAACAUGUCUGGAGAGUAUUUAGCGCUGGACUCUCAGAUACAUUUUCAUAACAAAAAGAUAUCUCCAAAUAAACGGAUCACUUGUUUCCAGUUUUUACCUCAAGACCCUAGCAAAGUCUUGGUUGUUUCCGCGGAUUCCAAAGUUAGAAUUCUUCAAGGCAGCGAUGUUGUUAGAAGAUACAAAGGGUCUCCUAAGUCUGAUGGAAAGUACAUUGUUUCAGCUCGUGAGGACUCCAAUGUAUAUAUAUGGAGCAAUGGAAAAGAGUCAGAUUCUUUUUCUUCUUAUUCUCAAACCAAAAGGAUUAGAUCUUUUGAACGUUUCUCCACCAAUGCAUCCGUGGCAGCAACCUGGUGUGGGUUCUCAGAUCACAACAGAACUAUCCCGUUUUCUUCACCGCCUUGCUUAUCCCUCAAGGAAAGUGGAUCAGUUCCCAAGGGAAACGCGACGUGGCCAGAGGAAAAUUUAACAGAAAAUCCUCUUUCUUCAAUGACUGCAUCUCAGUACAAGUUUCUCAAGUCCUCGUACCAAAGAGCAACAAGUAGCUCUCUAGCUUGGGGUAUGGUCAUUGUCACAGGUGGUUGGGACGGACGGAUCAGAACAUUUCAGAACUACGGCUUGCCUGUGACCGUAACUUGAAGGUGACAUUGUUCCUUUAUUGAUAGGAACAAGCACAUGGUUCUGGCAGGUCUUUGAAGCUAUGGUGGGUCCAAAAGGAAAUACCAGAACCGUUUCUGCUAUUGUCCAAUAGUCGAAAAUAGACUCAAAAUGCUAUUUUACUCGUAAAAAUUAUCAUCCUGUGGAGAUGUAUCAAGAAGGGUGAGUGAGAGACUUCAUCGGUAGACGCAGAGGAACAUAUGUGUUUUUCUUGGUAGUAAGUGUCGGUUGGAGAUGGUUUCAAAAGAGUACGGAUUUGUCUGAAAAAUCCUCGACAAGGGGAUUGUGGGGUCCAAAGAGACAUCAGACAAGUGAUCAUGGAGAAGGAGUGGUUGUGGCUGUAGGAGAAAAGUGUUUUAUAAGAAAAAGAAAAAAGUUUCUAACGGUAGUGAUAGGUUUUGUUGUGUCUAUUCGUUCGUUGCUUGAUACGGUGUCGUUUGAUAAGUUAUAUCAGCUUAUUUUUGAAUUUGAUUUCCACUUAUGUAAGAUGAAGAAGAAACAAGAAUUAAUUGAUUGUUAGUCAGCUCUAACUCAGAUAGAGGCUCCGGGGUUUCGUGUCUGUAAAUUUACACAGCCAAACCUUUUUUAGAGUAAUGUGAUCAAAUUAGUAA